CAUCAUCACCAACGAAACGUCCGUGGAAAUAAUUCACAAUUUUGACGGCCCAAAACUUCCAGACUCUCGUUUACUGAGAAUAAAACCGUCUACCACUGAUUUAUUGGCCAAUACGAACUUUACCUUCAUGAAGAAUGAUGAAGAUCGCACUCAGAUGACGUUUAGAUAA